AACCGAAUCAAACCUCUCAGUCACUAAAAUGAGUCGUUCAAAAAUAAGAAAUCGUUCACGACCGACACAUCACUACUCAAUAAUCCAGCAUCAAUAACCUAGCGGUCUUUAAAGAAAACAGCCCAACUAAGUGACCCAUAGCCUGCAACCCAGCAGUUGGGUCAACCAAACAACCAAGCAUUUUUGUGUGUACAAAAUGUAAAAGCAUCGAUCUCUCAAAUCGAGUUAGUUCGUCGUGAGCUAAACAACAAAAUUAGCCUUGGACCUGUAUGAAGAGAGAGUAAUCGCGCGACCCUGAUCUAGGCAGCGCGGGUUCUGAUUGGACGCAAAGACCACGAGCUCCGUGUGAUAUUGUAUUACUGCACGAGCUCUGCUGUGGCAGUGCGUGGUUAUUACUGGAAGACGAUGGAAACUAUUUGAAGACGAAUUACGAAUAGAAAGCUAUGCAAUACUGACGGUGUGAUGCUCUAUAUUUAAUAUAAUAGAGAAUAUAGUCAUUUAUCAACCUCUGCUCAUAUCUUCUCCCUUUGUUUUCAUACUGUAAAGAUAAAAGUACAUGCGUGCGUUACUCAAUUUCCAAGUUUAGGCUACUGUGCAACUGUUAUGGCUACAUUCAGCCAAACGUUAAUGAUACAUAGUGUCAAGGAGCCGUUGUUCAAGUGAAACAUUAUUCUGUGAAGUAAUGGGUUCUAAGUUGACCAGGCAGAGUAGUCUGGACCAAAUAGAAACCACAUUUUCCAAGAGGAGACGCCAGCGGCAUGACAGCUCCAGAGAAACCGAGAGGAGUGGAGGCAAGGGUGGCGGGGAGUUCUUGUUUACAUCCCUGAUGGUCAAGUCCGACAAGCUUCCAGGGAUGCUACGAAAGACCAACCACAGCCCCUACGUGAGACGGGUGGCAUGGAUCCGGGAAAUACAGAAGCUUAUCCGAGAAGAGAAACAAGAACAAGCAGUCGAAGUGCUCAAAUUGCUAAGAAAGGACUUGGGACUCCAGGGAACAUCCCUUAAUGAUAUCCUCUAUAAGAAUGCAGCCUUUCUCAACCUGGUGGAUCCAAUCUCCCAUGAGCUCCUGCUCAGCCUGGCCAAAGACAUGCAGUGCCCAAAGAGGGAGAAGGACACCCUGAAGUCGUCCGACAAGAUCUGCAGACAGCUGAUAUUCCACCUGACCCCUCACUCCAAGUGGAUGAGACAGAGCGUGCCCAGGAGGAAGUCGCAGGCCUGUCUUAAAACCACACUGAAGAAGAAACUGACCAACGAUGUGGUCAACCUGUCUGGCAUCCCUCUGUCUGGCCGAGACAUCCACCGGGUGGCCUUCUACCUCCGAAGUAACGGCGACUCUGUGUCGGCCGUGGACCUCAGCUUCACCGAGCUGCAGGAUGAGAGCCUGCGCCUGCUGCUACCCCACCUGGGCUCCAUGCCCAAACUCACCACCCUGGCCAUCAACGGCAACCGUCUGACAGUGGGCGUGCUGAAGGACCUGACAGAGAUGGUGAAGAACCCCCUGCAGUUCCCCAGCCUGGCCUGGGUGGACCUGGGCAACAACGUGGACAUCUUCACCGUGCCACAGCCUCUCCUAGUGGCCCUGCGCAGACGCUUCGGCCUCCGGAGUAGCCUGCCCACAAUCUAUGAGUACAGUGAGGUGCAGGCCUAUAGUAGUUAUACCCUGGAGACCUCUAUUGAAGAACCCAGCCUGUAUGAAGAGGAGGUGGGGGGAAAGAGGGAGGAGGAGGAAGGAGAAGAGGAUGAGGAUAAGCUGGAGCUGGAGGCGUGGGGUGUUGGGGAGAAGCUUGGGGGGAAGGUUGUAUCCACGAAUGUGGCUCUGCACUACUGUGAGAGGUGAAUGGUCAGAGCCAGCAUUGUUUAUUGACAAAUCUUUGUACCCUACUGUACCCUCACCUUGCCCUGAGUGCUGCCUCCUGUGUCAGCAUGCGUCAUCAUGACAGGAGAAGCUUGGGGUCACCAAUUUCAUAAAACACCCACUAGGAGAAAACACUGUGUUGUGUUGUCCCUUUGUAUGUUCCGAUUGCAGAGAGCUAAAGACAGUUUCAGGAAAAUGUACAGUUAUUUUGUUGGUACAGACAUUGUUAUCCUAGGAACUGCAGUGACGUUGUUACUGUGUCGUCCUCCGAAUGUCAUUAUUUAUGAGCAAAGGAAUCUUAAACAACAGGAACAAGACAGAUUAGAUUUCACCUGACUGUUUUGGCUUUCUAAUGUCAAGUACUUUUUUUCUUGUGUAUUUGAGGUACUUUCAUGUAGCACAUGCAGACUGGAUCACACAGUGGGAGGGUUUGUUUGCAUAAAUAUGCUGCUGUGUUUUAUUGCACAACACACAACAUUGACUAAAUGCUAUAAUUUCAGAACAGAUGGUUUUAAUUCACCAGAA